CCUGCCUCUUCGUUUCCUCGUGCUCGAGCUGCUUGGGGCAGCAGAGCCGCUGCGCUGGAAAUGGUGAAGGCUUCACCCUCGAAAGCGACAGAGGGCGGAAUAAUUGCACUCUGCACUUGAGGAACAAACAAGGAGCCGUCAAAGCAGGAAAUUCGAGUGGACCCAGUCUGGAAAAGAAGAAAAUACCACUAUUUGCCCGCCCACUGCACACUUUUGGCUGAGAAACCUGCAGCGCCUGUCUGAGCCUGCCCGCAACAGCAGGUUUAGUGGAGACAGAUCUGUACUCUGCAAUGGCUCUCUUGACCCUGCAUAGACUCUCAUCCAUCUCCACUGCUCCAGAUGAAAGCCUCCAAAGAAGAGGGCGACUUCAGAAAAGGGAGAGCUUUGCUCUCGUGAAGGGGGCAGCCCUUCUGCUGGAAGAGGGCAAGGGCGGGGGCCUCGAUGAGCGGGCUCCACCUUCUUCUGUAAAAGAAGGCGGUGGAACUCCACGGCACAGACAACUUCAUGCCAUGGUUGAACAGCUCCGACCAGAAGAUACCAUCAAGCUGGCGGUGCAGUUGGAGUCCAUCAGCUCUGUCAGAGUCAGGUAUCUGAUCAUUGUCUCCACCCUCAGCAACAAACACGAGAGCAUCCUACUGGGCAUGGAUUUCCCCAACUCAGAGAGUGAUCAGUGCACCAUCGGCCUGGUUCUGCCAGUAUGGAGCGACACCCAGGUGUAUCUGGACGGAGACGGUGGUUUUAGCGUUACGACAGCUGAAGAGAUCAGAAUUUUUAAGCCUGUUUCUAUGCAGACUAUGUGGUCAGUGCUGCAGGCGUUGCACGGCUGCUGCGAGCGGGCGGUCAAGGCAGCAGUGAUCCCAGGCAAUGGCCUGGAGUGGGCCCAGCACUACCACCGGCACAUCGAGUCAGACCGCUUCUGCCUCAACGAGUGGGAAGCUAUGAACGACCUGGAGUCAGUCCGCAGGGACAGUAAUGGACAGAGCUCGGCAGACCGCAUUUCUAACGAGGUGCUGAUCAAAGAGCAUCUGAGAGACAUCAUGAGGACUGAAGACCUGGACAAUCUCACGUCUAAAAUGGUGCACUCUGCCCUGGAGACCAGGAUAGGCUUCGACAUGAGACCCUUUAAGGAGUACAUUGACAACGAGAUCCUGGUCACCAUGGCUCAGAUGGACAAACCUUCCAAAAUAUUUGACUACCUCUACCUAGGCUCUGAGUGGAAUGCAGCUAACUUUGAGGAGCUGCAGAAAAACAAUGUGGGCUAUAUUCUGAAUGUGACAAGGGAGAUUGACAACUUUUUCCCAGAGUCCUUCACUUAUAUGAACAUCAGGGUGUACGAUGUGGAAUCCACCGACCUGCUCUCUCACUGGACAGACACAUACAACUUCAUCAACACUGCAAGGAAAAGUGGACAGGCCGUGUUGGUGCACUGUAAGAUGGGCGUUUCUCGCUCUGCAUCCACGGUGAUCUCCUACGCCAUGAAGCAGCAGCACUGGCCACUGGAUAUGGCGUUGUCCUACGUUAGGAGUUGCCGGUCCAUUGUCAAGCCCAACGAGGGCUUCAUGAAGCAGCUGCACACCUACAGCGGCAUCCUCAAUGCAAGCCAGCAGCGUCACAGCGCACUCUGGAGGCGAAAGUCAAGAGACCAAAGACAAAAAUCAGUACGCAAGGAGGAGGCAGGGGAAAAAGGAAAGCCAGGAGAGGAAGUGGUGGAUGAUGACGACGAUGAUGAUGAUGACGAUGAUGAUGACGAUGACGAUGGCCUUGACGAUUAUGAGCCGGGGGAUGACGAGGAUGUAGAGAGUCUAGAUAAAAAAGAUUUGGGUAGCCCAGAUGAAAUAGAAGAUCCAGAGGAUCACACAGAGGUGUUUGAAGAGCCCCCCCCCCAGUCUGAGAACAACCAGUGGCAGAAGGGACUACCAGACGCAUGUCCUACUAUCACAGUCAAUGAACCAGACAAGGUUGCUCUGAGUGCUAAUCGCAGUGGCAGGAUGAACCUCUUCUCCCUCAUGCAGUCCAUCAGUGACGAGGAUAAAGGUCGUGAACAGCUGCUUGGCAGUCCGAGGGAGUCUCCUGGGCAGCGGAGGCGUAGCCAAGGGCGACGGGGUCUGAUUCACCAGAAAGCAUGUGUGGAUGUUUCACCUGAACCACGAAGACUGCCAGACACCGGUCAAAGCAAACCCUAAAGUGUUAAAAGAGAUGGAAGAGCAUAGACGGGGGGGAGGGACCCUUUAAGAAGGAAUUAUAUGGUGGAGAGAAGGAAAGUGCGGAUGGUAAUUUAUAUGCCAAGGUUUUCAUACAAUGAUACACUCUAUCUUUAUAUUUUAGAUAUUUAGAUGAUGAAAGUUUUUAUUUAUGUUUCAAUGCAUAUCUCUGUUAAUAAUUAUUAUAGCUGAUGGUUCCCUGUUGUUAAAAGGAUCUUACUGUAGAGCCGGCAUAUCUGAAGGCUGAAGUCAUUAUCAGCAUACAUUGUAGUGUUAUGUUUAUCAGUGUUUUAGAGUCACACACAUACUGUACGUACUGGUCUCUCCCUCCUAUUUCCCUCUCCCCUUUUUGUGUCACCACUCCAGAGAUAUCUAUGCAAUUACUGUUUUCCUUUCUUUUCUCUCUGUAUAAGAGUAUGCUGCCAAUCCGAGGUAGAUGGUUUUAAAUGGUUUUCAUAUUCUCUCUCAUUGGAAGUCUUUUUCACAAGGACCUUCAGUGUUGAUGGAUGGGAGGGUUUCACUGUAUGUAAGCUUUGCAUCAUGGACCAAGUCAGGGCCAGUUUUAUGGCAUUAACCUGUUCCUAUUCCAAUGUGCCAAUUGAUAUAUAUUAAAUAGAAAAUCUUUUAUCAUGUCAGUAUGUUAAGAACCAAUGUGUCCAACUUAAGUUUUAUUCAUUGUAUUUAAAACACCUCUGCAUGAGUGCCUUGUACCGGAGGAUGAAAUACGUUUUUUUGUGCAUUUUUACUACGAGGUGGUGGCUGCAUAUUGUAUGUAUGAAUCUUGUACCGUUUCUCGGAUUGCAUUACAAAUGUGACUUCCAAAAGUGUUGCAUGUAAUAUGCGCAUAUAUAUAUAUAUAUAUAUCAACCCCUAAUUGCUAAUGACCUGGGUGCAUGUUAUGUGUGUUUAUACCAACAUGCGAGAGCAAAUGUUCAGGGUUUUCUCAUGUAUUUAUAUUGAGGUUUAAUGGAUUCAGGUAAAUUAUUAAAAAUACUGUUCUUCUGAUCACUCCAUGCUGAUCUUGACUAUUCGUAUUUCAUGCUGGUGUUACUUUAAUUGAAACCAAGCUAAAGCUGACUUUAUUUAACCUGCAUGCUCACCGUUAAAGAAAACAUGCACUUUAUAAUCCCACAGAACACACUGUCCCCACUGCCUGAGCCUACAUCACACUGUACUAUGAAUGAAAUGAUCAAUUAUUUUUUUCUUUUCUUGUCAGCAUCUCUAUGCCUUAUUGUAUUAAGCUCUCCACUGUACUGCCUGCACCUCACUCUUGUUUACAAGAAGCCCUAUGAGUGGAAAAAAAAUAAAUGAUCACACUCAAACC